GUUGUUGCUGGGCGUUCGCGGCGGUAGCGGCGACGGAGGGGCUCGUAAAGAUAGCCACUGGCAACCUCAUCUCCAUGUCAGAGCAGCAGGUGCUGGACUGCACGGGCGGCGCCAACUCCUGCAACGGCGGCGACAUCAACGCCGCCCUAAGCUACGUCGCCUCGAGCGGCGGCCUUCAGCCAGAGGAAUCCUACGCGUAUACCGGCCAGCAGGGCGCGUGCCGCAGCAGCAGCGUCAGCCCAAACUCGGCCGCCUCCAUCGGCGCCCCCCGAAUGGUGGAACUGCACGGCGACGAGGGCACCUUGCAGGAGCUCGCGGCCAGACAGCCGGUGGCCGUGCCCGUGGAGGCUGACCGUGACUUCCAGCACUAUAUGAGGGGCGUGUACACCGGCAGCUCGUCGUGUGGACAGAACCUGAACCACGGCGUGACGGUGGUGGGCUACGGGACGGACAGCGGCGGGCAGGCGUACUGGAUGGUGAAGAACCAGUGGGGGACGGGGUGGGGCGAGGGGGGCUACAUGCGCCUCACGCGCGGGAACGGCGGCAACUGCGGCAUGGCCACCUACGCCUACUACCCGACCAUGGACGGCUCUUAAACACCACUACUACUGUACAUCAGUCGGUCCAUGCAUCAUCGAGUACUAUAGUUUAUCAGCACCAUGCAGUAUAUACUG